AUGAAUCUUCCCAUCAGCAAACUUUAUCUGAGGGAACUCGAUGCCACCGCAACAGUACUGGCGAACCGGCAAGAUGAAAGCGAGCAGUCCAGAAAGCGGCUUAUCGAGCAGAGCCGAGAGUUCAAGAAGAACACUCCAGAGGAUUUGCGCAAGCAGGUAGCGCCGCUGCUGAAGAGCUUCCAGGGGGAGAUUGAUGCACUGAGUAAAAGAAGCAAAGAAGCUGAGGCAGCCUUCUUGAAUGUCUACAAAAGAUUGAUUGACGUUCCAGAUCCCGUGCCGGCUCUGGACCUCGGGCAGCAACUCCAGCUCAAAGUGCAGCGUCUGCACGACAUUGAAACAGAGAACCAGAAGCUGCGGGAAACUCUGGAAGAGUACAACAAGGAAUUCGCUGAAGUGAAAAACCAAGAGGUUACGAUAAAAGCACUUAAAGAAAAAAUCCGAGAAUAUGAACAGACUCUGAAGAACCAAGCGGAGACUAUAGCUCUCGAAAAGGAACAAAAGUUACAAAAUGAUUUUGCAGAAAAGGAGAGAAAGCUGCAGGAGACACAGAUGUCCACCACCUCAAAGCUGGAGGAAGCGGAGCACAAAGUCCAGACUCUGCAGACAGCCCUGGAAAAAACCCGAACAGAAUUAUUUGACCUGAAAACCAAAUACGAUGAAGAAAUUACUGCCAAGGCCGACGAAAUUGAAAUGAUCAUGACGGACCUUGAAAGAGCAAACCAGAGGGCAGAGGUGGCUCAGAGAGAGGCGGAGACCUUGAGGGAACAGCUCUCGUCGGCCAACCACUCUCUCCAGCUGGCCUCACAGAUCCAGAAGGCGCCGGACGUGGAGCAGGCCAUAGAGGUGCUGACCCGCUCCAGCCUGGAAGUGGAGUUGGCCGCCAAAGAGCGGGAGAUCGCCCAGCUGGUGGAGGACGUGCAGAGACUCCAGGCCAGCCUCACGAAGCUGCGGGAGAACUCGGCCAGCCAGAUCUCCCAGCUCGAGCAGCAGCUGAGUGCCAAGAACAGCACGCUCAAAAGUUCUGGAGGCUGGGAAGUCCAGCAUCGAGGCUCUGGCAAAUUCCGCAUACGGUCUCCCAUCGCCCUGGCUGGGCCACGAACGCUUCCGGCCUCCCAAGGGAGUUGCCUGCAGGCGGCUCCCCAGCCCCACGCGCAGUGCGCGCGGCUCUCCCUGCACAGUCUCGCCCCCUCUGGCCACAGGCAGCCUCGCGACCCCUCUGUGGCCACCCGUACACCUGCCGACACGCAGAUCCAGCCCAUUCUGAAAUCCAUGGAGUUUGCACCGUCCGAGGGAGCUGGGACACAGGACGCAUCCAAGCCCCUGGAGGUGCUGCUGCUGGAGAAGAACCGCUCGCUGCAGUCCGAGAAUGCCGCGCUGCGCAUCUCCAACAGCGACCUGAGCGGGUCAGCCAGGAGAAAGGGGAAAGACCAGCCUGAGAGUCAGCGUCCUGGACCUUUGCCGGCCUCCCCUCCUCCUCAGUUGCCCCGCAACACGGGGGAGCAGGCUUCCAAUACUAAUGGUACACACCAGUUCUCACCAACGGGGUUAACGCAAGACUUUUUCAGCUCAUCCCUGGCAAGCCCCAGCCUGCCCCUGGCUUCUACGGGAAAAUUUGCACUAAACUCUCUCCUCCAGCGACAGCUAAUGCAGUCCUUCUACUCCAAGGCCAUGCAGGAAGCAGGAAGCACAAGCGUGAUUUUUUCAACAGGUCCAUACAGCACAAACUCCAUAUCUUCCCAAAGUCCAUUACAACAAAGCCCAGAUGUAAAUGGCAUGGCCCCGUCUCCCAGCCAGUCAGAAAGUGCUGGGAGCGUCUCCGAGGGCGAGGAGAUAGACACUGCGGAAAUCGCCCGGCAGGUGAAGGAACAGUUGAUCAAGCACAAUAUCGGACAGCGCAUUUUCGGACAUUAUGUCUUGGGACUGUCUCAAGGGUCCGUGAGCGAGAUUCUGGCCCGGCCCAAGCCAUGGAAUAAACUGACCGUUCGCGGCAAGGAGCCCUUUCACAAGAUGAAGCAGUUCCUCUCGGACGAGCAGAACAUCCUGGCUCUUCGCAGCAUCCAAGGCAGACAAAGAGAGAAUCCAGGCCAGAGCCUGAACAGACUAUUUCAGGAAGUACCGAAACGAAGAAAUGGGUCUGAAGGUAACAUCACGACCCGGAUCCGAGCCUCCGAGACCGGGUCCGAUGAAGCAAUCAAGUCCAUCCUGGAACAAGCCAAAAGAGAGCUGCAGGUGCAGAAAACUGCAGAGCCGGCCCAGCCUUCUUCCGCAUCCAGCAGCGGGAGCUCGGACGACGCCAUCCGCUCCAUCCUGCAGCAGGCCCGCCGCGAAAUGGAGGCCCAGCAGGCCGCCCUCGACCCCGCCUUAAAGCCAGCGCCACUGUCCCAGGCCGACAUUGCCAUCCUGACCCCCAAGUUGAUACCCUCCUCGCCCAUGUCGUCCGUGUCCAGCUACCCUCCGCUCGCACUCUCCCUGAAGAAGCCCCCGUCCGCCCCCGACGCCAGCGCCUCCGCUCUGCCCAACCCCCCGGCCCUCAAAAAAGAGUCCCAGGACGCGCCCGGGCUGGACCUCCAGGGAGCGGCCGAGUCUGCACAGGGUGUCCUGAGACACGUGAAGAACGAGCUGGGCCGCAGCGGCGUGUGGAAGGACCACUGGUGGAGCAGCGUCCAGCCGGAGAGGAAGAGCGCCGUUCCUCCCGAGGACACCAAGCUGGAAGAAGCCAGCAGCACGAAGGAGAAGGGCGGUGGCGGCCAGCCGCGGGCGGAGCGCAGCCAGCUCCAGGGACCCUCGUCGUCAGAGUACUGGAAGGAGUGGCCCAGUGCCGAGUCGCCGUACUCCCAGAGCUCGGAGCUGAGCCUGACCGGAGCCAGCCGCAGCGAGACGCCCCAGAACAGCCCCCUGCCCUCCUCCCCGAUCGUGCCCAUGUCCAAGCCCGCCAAGCCCUCGGUCCCUCCGCUGACCCCGGAGCAGUACGAGAUCUACAUGUACCAGGAGGUGGACACCAUCGAGCUCACCCGGCAGGUGAAAGAGAAGCUGGCCAAGAACGGCAUCUGCCAAAGGAUCUUCGGGGAGAAGGUACUGGGCCUGUCCCAGGGCAGUGUCAGUGACAUGCUGUCCCGGCCGAAGCCUUGGAGCAAGCUGACCCAGAAAGGCCGAGAACCCUUCAUCCGGAUGCAGCUCUGGCUGAACGGCGAGCUGGGCCAGGGUGUCCUGCCUGUCCAAGGGCAACAGCAAGGGCCAGUCCUCCAUUCUGUGACGUCACUACAGGACCCCCAGCAGCAGGGCUGCGUGAGUUCAGAAAGCACUCCCAAGACCUCUGCCAGCUGCAGCCCUGCGCCCGAGUCGCCGAUGAGCUCUAGCGAAUCAGUGAAGAGUUUGACUGAACUGGUCCAACAGCCCUGUCCCCCCAUUGAGACGAAUAAGGACGGCAAGCCUCCGGAGCCCAGCGACCCGCCCGCCUCAGACUCCCAGCCCGCCACGCCACUGCCUCUCUCGGGACACUCGGCCCUCAGCAUUCAAGAGCUGGUGGCCAUGUCUCCCGAGCUGGACACCUACGGCAUAACCAAGAGAGUCAAGGAGGUGCUGACAGACAACAACCUCGGUCAGCGCUUAUUUGGGGAGACCAUCUUGGGGCUCACCCAAGGCUCCGUCUCCGACCUCCUUGCUCGCCCAAAACCCUGGCACAAACUCAGUCUGAAGGGACGGGAGCCCUUCGUCCGGAUGCAGCUAUGGCUGAAUGACCCCAACAACGUGGAGAAGUUGAUGGACAUGAAACGGAUGGAAAAGAAAGCCUACAUGAAGCGGCGGCACAGCUCGGUCAGCGACAGCCAGCCCUGCGAGCCCCCCUCCGUUGGCAUCGACUACAGCCAGGGCGCCAGCCCGCAGCCCCAGCACCAGCUGAAGAAACCCCGCGUGGUGCUGGCUCCUGAAGAGAAAGAAGCUCUGAAGCGAGCGUAUCAGCAAAAGCCAUACCCGUCACCAAAAACCAUCGAGGAACUCGCCACCCAGCUCAACUUGAAAACCAGCACCGUCAUCAACUGGUUCCACAAUUACAGGUCUCGGAUCCGCAGAGAACUGUUCAUUGAGGAGAUUCAGGGUGGAGGUGGAAGAGGGGAAGUCAUCGAGGAAGCUGUCACCAUAAUGACGAGAGCCGACGACCGGCACCUGCUGGCAGCGGCCGUGAAAAGUGAUUGGAGUCUGGACGAGAUGUGUAAAGAACUCCGGCGUGCAGUGGGCCCCCGGGAGAUGGAGCGGUGCCCCCUGGUGGCCAUGCGGUCUAUCCCAGAGGACAGCGCCCAGGGCCUCAGGCCUCCAGCACCUUCUCUGUUGAGGCCCAGACAGGGCCAUGCUGCUGCCCAGAGUCGCAGCCAACCAGGAGUAGAGCCAGACCUCAAGCUCAGAGGCAAAGCGAGGCCUGGAGCGGGCCAGGGGCUGGCCAGGCUGGUCACGGCAGAGCCAGAGUGGACCCGUUCCUCCCGCAUCCCCGACCUGGGCUCCUUCCCGUCCCCGCGGCGCUGCGCGGAUCUGCAAGCCCACGUCACCGAGGCCAUGGCCACGGCCGCUGAGCAGAGGGACCUGAUCGCCCGCUUGGAGCAGGACCUCAGUACCAUCCAGUCCAUUCAGCGGCCAGACGCUGAGGGCGCCGCUGAGCACGGCCUGGAGAAGAUCCCAGAGCCCAUCAAGGAGGCCACUGCCCUGUUCUACGUGGCCUGUCGACAGCUCCCCACGGGAGGCCUCAGCGCUGAGAUGCUGUCAGGGAGCCCCCUGCGCUGCCGGGGAGGUGGCCUCCUCCGGUCUCGGACACUCUCCCCCUACAUCCUAGGCCCCUCGGCACCAGCCAGCGGCACCCUCCCCGAGGGCCAGGUAGACUCGCUGCUUUCCAUCAUCUCCAGCCAGAGGGAGCGCUUCCGCGCCCGGAACCAGGAGCUGGAGUCCCCACCCUUCUACUCUCUGUGUCUGUCAUUUGACUACGCCGGGGACCUCACCUAA